AGGGAGGCGGCGGCGACCGGGCAGGAGGUGGCGCUGGACUUGCUGGACGUAAUGGAGGUGGUGGAGGUCGUGGCUGAGGAGCAGGAGGAGGGGGACGAGGACUUCAGGCUGGCACCGCUAGCCUGGUUACCCAAGGUGACCCGGCCACCAUUGGAGGCUUUGGAGAUCCUUCAGUUGGAGCUGGGAGCGGUGAAUGCCCGAGGCAGCAGGGCUUCUGCUCGGCUCAAGCGGAAACUUGGGCAGACAAGCAGGCGUCACCUUGAGCGGCGAACGGCCAUCAUCCAGGACAUCCCUGGCUUCUGGGCCAAAGUCGAAGCGGGGCCAUCGUGGGUGACAGCUUCUACCUCUUCCUCCAUUGGCCGUGGAGCCAUAGUAACGGUCUGGGCGUGGCUGGGCGACUGGCGCCAAGAAGCCUGCAGAGGGCGCCAAAGCCCCGCGCAUGCGCCCUUAGCCGUGCCCGAGCGCGAGGCUCCCGGAAGUUCCCAGAGCCGCAACCUACCCGCGGCUCAGCUUCUCUCGCUGCUGCGGGGGGCCGAGUUGGGUGGGACGCCCGAGGAGGCCUCCGGGACCAGGGUUGAAGCUCUGCAGCAUGCUCCAACCCCUUCCUGUAUACUUUUCUUUCCUGCAGGAUAUAGGGCAUCUCAUUCCACUCCAGUUCAGUGGUAUCAGGAUUAUGAACAUGAGGCUUAUAGCCGCAGGCACCACAACAGCAGUGUUAACUUCUUCAACUGGUUUUCUGACCACGACUUUGCAGGAUCUAACAGGAUCACUGAGGUAGGGCCUCACUGCGAAAAUUCAGAAAUGACCAAGGACNGGAGCUGCAGCCACACUCGUGCAAAUACAAAUACUUAUGGCACGGAGACACUAACUGGGGCGGAGAAUUAG